CACGAAAAACAAAGCAGUGUGUUUUAUUCAUGUGAAAACACGAAAACAAAAGCCUAAUCCCUGACGGCGAAAUUUACCAAACAGUGUGUUUUAUUCAUGUGAAAAAUACCUAUGUAAUGCUCCCUCUGUAAUAUUUUUUUUAUUAGACGUUUUCAGGGUCCAUGACACAGUGUCAAAAAACUUCUUAUAUAAAGUUACAGAGGUAGUAUUUGCUCGGAUUAGGCGCCGUGCUUGCAUAUUCCUUACGGCCAAAAUCAUCAAACACAUCAAUCAUACGGAUAUAAAAUAAGUUUGCAAGUAGGCCGGGGGCUCGCUUACUCCUUCUAAAAAAAAAAAAAAAAAAAGUUUGCAAGCAACCAAGUUCCACAAUCAAAGUCUGGUCCCAUGUCGUUCCCAUGUCGCUGUUGUUUGUUGACCGUUGAGCUAUUCAACACACGAAAUUUGGACCCUGUCUGCUGUUCCCACACAACUCUUCCACUCUGUCAGCUCUCUCACAGGAGCCCCCCGAUUGCAACUUUGCAGCUCACACUCUGAUCCAACCUUGCAAGAAUCAUAACGCAAAUGCCAGCCUCUUCGGCUCUCUUCCUCCUCCUCCUCCACCUCCUCCUCUUCCUUGCUGCCACCGGCGAGGCCACCACGUUUUCCAUCACCAACGGGUGCCCCUACACCAUAUGGCCGGCGGCCCUGCCGAUCGGCGGCGGCAUGCAGCUCGAUUCAGGCAAGCAAUGGACCCUCAACACGGGCGACACCAACACCACGCGCCUGUGGGCGCGCACGGGCUGCUCGUUCGACGGCAACGGCACCGGGACAUGCCAGACGGGCGACUGCGGCGGCCUGCUCGCCUGCAAGGCCAAUGGCCGGCCGCCCAACACGAUCGCGGAGUUUGCGCUCGGCCGCCCCAGCAACCGGGAUUUCUUCGACAUCUCCUUCGUCGAGGGCUUCAACGUGCCCAUGGACUUCCUGCCGGAGCCGGCCAAGGGAGGGCCAGGGUGCAGCAAGGGGCCGCGCUGCGGGGCCAACAUAACGGUGCAGUGCCCGACCAGCCUCAAGGCGCCGGGGGGCUGUAACAGCCCCUGCACGGUGUUCAGGCAGGACAGGUACUGCUGUACCGGGAGCGCGGCGAACAACUGCAGCACCACGGACUACUCCGGCUACUUCAAGAAGAUGUGCCCGGAUGCCUACAGCUACCCCAGGGAUGAUGCCACCAGCAUUUUCAGUUGCCCGGCGGGCACCAACUACAAGGUAGUCUUUUGUCCCUUGACCAAUCAAGCAGUACCGCCGAGUCCUCUGCCUGAAUCCCCGGCUGGCGGCACGCCUGUCGGGCCGACAACCAUGAAACCAAGAUCCUCCACCGCAAGAACGGUUGCUGCGAUUUUAGCUCCUGUGGGCGGCUUCAUCUUCCUGUUCAUUGUCGCUUUUUAUUUAUGUAAACGGAGAAUCCAACGACGGCGUGAGACGGACGAAGAGGAAGAGGAAGAGUUUGGGGAGCUGCAAGGAACACCAGUGAGGUUCACAUUUGAACAGCUAAGAGCAGCAACCGAGCAAUUUGCAGACAAACUCGGGGAAGGAGGAUUUGGGUCUGUUUUCAAGGGACAGUUUGGUAAUGAAAGGAUUGCAGUAAAACGUUUGGAUCGGACUGGUCAGGGCAAAAGAGAAUUUUCGGCAGAGGUUCAGACAAUAGGCAGCAUUCAUCAUAUUAAUCUGGUGAGAUUGAUUGGUUUCUGUGCAGAGAAAUCCCACAGGCUCUUGGUAUAUGAGUACAUGCCCAAAGGAUCCUUGGACAGAUGGAUCUAUUAUCGACAUGAAGAUGAUGCACCUCCUCUAGGUUGGAACACGCGGUGCAAGAUUAUCACUCACAUAGCUAAGGGCCUCUCUUAUCUUCACGAGGAGUGCACAAAACGAAUUGCUCAUUUGGAUGUCAAACCACAAAACAUCCUCUUAGAUGAUGACUUUAAUGCUAAACUUUCUGAUUUUGGAUUAUGCAAACUCAUAGACAGGGACAUGAGCCAAGUGGUUACCAGAAUGAGGGGCACACCUGGAUAUUUAGCUCCUGAAUGGCUGACAUCGCAGAUCACGGAAAAGGCGGAUAUCUAUAGCUUCGGUGUCGUGGUCAUGGAAAUCAUCAGCGGAAGAAAGAACCUUGACACUUCUCGGUCAGAAGAGAGCAUCCAUCUUAUCACCCUAUUGGAGGAAAAAGUAAAGAGUGAUCGGUUGGUUGAUUUGAUUGACAAUAACAGCAACGACAUGCAAGCACACAAGCAAGAUGUAAUUCAGAUGAUGAUGCUUGCAAUGUGGUGCUUGCAGAUUGAUUGCAAAAAAAGGCCUAAAAUGUCUGAGGUGGUAAAAGUAUUGGAUGGUACCAUGACUGCAGACCUCAACAUAGAACAUAACUUUGUUGUAACAACUUCAGCAAAUUUUCGUAGCACAGGAAAUGUGAGCUCUUCAGAUCCACCUCUAGCCUCAGAUGUAUCAGGCCCCAGGUGAAAGAGACAACUAUGACAAGGUAGCCAAUUAGAUUGAGCGUAGGAGAUUCUCUUAUGUAAGACAAAAGCCAUGGUCUGUUGUAUUUUCUCAAAUUAUGACUAUUCUUGAGUGUUGUAAUGAUGCUAACCUGCAGAAUAUCUCUGUAUUGCAAACCUUCCGCGGUCAUUUUUACUCUUUUAAGCUCCAUCUGUAU